AUGCCGCUGAUAACGUUUGCAUCGAAUGUUCUUGCGAGUAGAUUUCCGAGUAAUUUCAAUGUUCAGUUCACGAAGCUAAUGGCAGAAAUACUAGGAAAACCAGAGAGUCGGAUACUUCUACUUGUGACGCCAAAUGCACAAUUGUCUCAUGGUGCCACGGAAGAUCCGUCAUGUCUCAUUGUGGAAGAAAUUACCUCAGUGAGAAAAGAAAGCAAGAAGCCAGUAAUAAGCAAAGAACAACCCGUAUUAGCCAAACUAAGGAAACAAAUUACAUAA